AAUGGUUUAAUGUAGAAAGUGAGUUGGACCUCUAACACUACGGAAGAAGAUCCCAUAAAAGACUUAGUGUUACUGCAGCUGAUUCAAUAAUUCAAGCAUCAUCGAGCAGAGUGCCAAUGGGCAAUGGAGAGAGCAGGCAUUAUCUGUCAGUGGACGUGGCUGCAGGCUCAAAUCUCUGACCUGGAGUAUCGCAUAAGGCAGCAGACAGAUCUCUAUAAGCAACUACGGGCCAACAAGGGUCCAGUUGUCCUUGCUGGUGAUCAGCAGCCUGAAGAUUUGAUGAAACAGCAGGGUCGAUUAGGUUCUACAUCAGUGGUGUAUUCCAGAAGAAAUAAGGGAUUACCACAUUCCUCCUCUUCCAUCCAGAAGGUCCCUUCUGGAGAGAGACCGUGUGAUUUGUCGUCCUGCAUCCCUUCCUACUUCAUGAACAAUGCGGAGAAACUGAGGUCUCGUCUUACACAGUCUUUAGGAAACUCUAUGUGUCAAAGUCCCUCCUGUACCCCCAUCAGUGGGUCUCCAGGACCCCCAAAAGCCUGCACAUCACCUCACCAAGUCAACGGAAAAAUUUACUGUUUUCACACAAGCCACUCCAACAGCAUUUCUCUGGCCAGUUUGGAAGCUGAAGAGAUUCUCAAACAGAAACGACUGGAUAGCCUGGCUACUGUACCCUCUGUACCAGACAACAGCUGUGUUGCAGCUAGAAUCCGCCCCAUUUGCAGAUACAAGAAACGCAAGCUGGUCCGAGCUAACGCUGUGUCUCUCCUUAGCAAGAAGCCGCAGAAACCUCUCACCAUGAAGUGUAGCUGUGAACGGCCCAGCACUUGUAUCCUGUGUGGUUGUAAAACCUCUAUUCAGGCCAUAGACCCAGACACUAUGUCCUUAGAAGAGCGUAUAGCACUGCUGGAUUCUGGCUUCCAUCCCAUACUGUCAUUCUCUCAUGACAAGCCUCUCCACUUGCACUUUGAAACCUUACUAAGAGAUGACAGGCAGCACAGAUUGAGCCAUAAGCUCAAGGCUCUGAAGAUGUCCCAUUUUGGAAAGAAGCCACAAGAUCUAACCAACGUUUUCCCAAAGCUAGGCUUGUCACCUCUCUCUGCAUCCAGUUCAUUGUUUAAAGGGGAGAGGCAGCUUAAAGGAACAGACAAUCACAGCUUGCUUGUUCCUGGUUCUCAGACACACAAACAUGGUCCUUUGAUGCACCACCUACCAUCUUUGUAUCUAGAAACUCUUCCAGCCCCAUCUUCCAGCCAGUCCCCUUCCACUGCUAAUUCAGCAAUGGUAUCCUCAAAGAAAAGAAAAGUGGAAUGUUCCUACGACAUCAAUAACAUUGUGAUCCCAAUGUCGAUGGCAGCAGCCACUCGAGUGGAGAAGCUGCAGUACAAAGAGAUUCUAACACCAAGCUGGAGAGUGGUAGAGCCCAAAGAUGUGGAGCCACUGGAUCAUAUGGACUCUGAGCUGGAAGACACUUCUGAUGAGACCUAUUUGAACCAUCACACCAAGUAUGAGGAGCUUGAACGAGCCCGAUGGGAUUCGUGGGCAGCAGCUGUUUCCCACAAGCGAGGAAACAGGUCCUCCAACAAAACAGAUGGUCAAUGGACACCUCAACCAGCAUCUCCAGAUCCUGGAUUUAAUUGCCUUAAUGACCUUCUCUAUAUGCACCCUUCUAUGGGAUCUCUCAGCCCUGAGCCUUUUAACAUUCUGCAACCCCUCUCCAUAAAGAACAGGACUAGAGUGCCACUGUCCUGCACUGAGAACACCAGAUUCUCCCCAGAAAUAUUAAAUGAAGUAAUACAGAGUGUACAACCUUGGGAACCACGUACAUUUCCCCUUUCAGACACAGCAUACCAAGCUCUUCUGGAACAGCCAAGUGAAGAUGGAUGCGAGCAGUCAGGAGACUUUCAACAGUGGGACUCUAGCAACAAGCAGGGUAUCAGGACUAACAGUACAGACUCUGGCAUAUCUAACUCCAGGGAGCCACGUGUUUCAGAUAUGGACCUGCAAACAGAGGGCAACAGAAGCUUGGAGGUCUUCACAGACCAGCAAUGCUUCCAAGGAAGGCUGUUCAACAACAGAUGAACAGCUGAUUUAUGUGAUGUGUUAUGAUAGGCACAUACUUUAUUUCAGAAUCAAAAGUUUGGCCGAUGAGCUGGUUCAGAGGAGCACUGGCAGUGAAUGGUGCUGCCAUGCCUGAGACCUAGGUUCAGCAGCAGAUUUUGGGCUCCCACGUCCCCGGAUUGGGAAGAGUUGGGCACGCUGCAGAAAUAAGGUGCUGGACCUCUGAGAGGACCGUGCUGUCCAGAGAAAACAACUUCUGGUUUACUCUGGAGAAAAGGGAUCAAUUGGCCUGCUGGCAAGAAGGUUAGGUGCUGCGACUGUUGCAGCAGCCCAGGAUAAUGCAGAAAGAGAUGGUGGGUUAAAAAACAAACCAACAAAAGAAUGAAAAUCAAAUAAUAGAGAGGAAACUACAUUGGCUGUUCUAACUUUAAUUGUUCGAUAUUCAAACAUCUGUAUCUUGAAAGGGUGCCCCCUGGCUGCACAUCCAGUCUUCAGUGGCUUUUUGUCUAGUGUGUCAUGGUGGAGCAGGAAUAGGAACAGAUUUCCAAGAGAUCAACUGAUAAACACCUGAAUAGGUAUGGGAAAGUCUAACAGCGCUGCAUGGCUUUUCUUUUUAAAUGCAGCUAUGAAAGCAAAUCCUUUCUUGAGAGUAUGUGAAAAAGAGGUUCCCUUGGCCUUGCACAAAUGACAUUUGUAUCAAUUGCCUUCAGAUAAACUACAAAUCAUUUUCA